UAUUUCAUUCCAAAAUGUUGUCAUUUUGUCAAUAUUUUGUGCUAGUAUUAUACAUUGUAUUCGAAUUAUUAAAUGUAGUAAUUGAUGCUAGCUUUGUAAGAUUACCAUCUCAAUUUUUAAGACUAUCUAAUUUUCCAUAUUCUCACCCAUUACGUUAUGGAGGACCAAAUGGUUAUAUUGAUGGACGUAUUGUGGGUGGUGAAUAUACGUUAAUUCGUGAUUUUCCACAUCAGAUUUCACUAAUGUUCAAUUCAAAACAUGUUUGUGGCGGAUCAAUAAUAUCAUCCCGGAUUAUUUUAACUGCGGCACAUUGCAGUUUAAAUGGAGCUCCUACGUCCUAUUCAGUUCGAGCUGGCUCAACAUUUCGUGGUACUGGAGGUGUUGUGAUACGUGUCGAAAGUAUCGAAGUUCACAAUUUAUAUAAUGCUUUAAUUACCGAUUAUGAUGUGGCCAUAUUGAAGUUAGAAAAACCAUUAAGUUUUUCACGAGAAAUUCAGCCUGUAACAUUGGCUACUGAAGAUGAUCGAAAUGCUGCAAACAAUAUAGGAACCGUCACAGGAUGGGGUGAUUCGACUUUAAAUAAUUAUUACCUACAAAGAGUGAAUGUUCCAAUUAUGAAUCAAGAGGAUUGCGAAAAAGCGUUUAAGGGCCGGGAAGUUAUCACAAAUCGAAUGUUUUGUGCAUCAUAUUUGGAUAAUAAUGGUCGUGACGCAUGUCAAGGGGACUCAGGUGGACCAUUUACAGUAAAUUAUAAAUUAUAUGGUAUAACAUCUUGGGGCUAUGAAUGUGGAUCUGUACGAUACCCUGGUGUUUAUGUACGCCUUACAGAUCCUGGCAUUACAAGUUGGAUCUUGCAGAAAUUAGAACAGCAUAAAGAUGAAAAUGAUACUAAAAAUAUCAAUUUGCUCCCAAGUGUUGAAAAAAAAGCAAAAGAAUCUGAAGACAGUCAGGAUCACCAUCCUAGCAAGAAUAAUUAUCAUAGCAAAGGAAGAAACUAGUUGAUGUUUAUCCAACAUUUGUUUAUGGCUAGCGUCAAUAUUUUACAAAUACAUUGUGUUCACCCUAGCGUCGAUUUCAACGCACGUUACA